UCGCUGUGUAGCUUUAACGUUACUUUGCACUCCAGUAAUACAACCCACGAAGAAGAAGGAGAGGUGUUGACGCUGAUUGUUACUGCUGUCAACUGCAACUCCACCGACGCGACAAAGCACAUCUCUGGAUUACAAAUCAACUAAUCAAGGGCUCUGGUUCCUUCGCCGCCUCUCGUUUGUGUGCAGAGUGCUCGAGUGGGUGCGCGUAGCACCGUCCCGCAGCGAGUGCCAUGUCUUCAGAGCUGCUGGUGGAUCUGAGCGACGACCAUGCGCCCGCUCAGUUGGGGCAGCUGAAACUGGCCACGAUAGAGGACCAGCAGUGGCCUGCCGACGAGUCCACAGUCAGCAAGUCAGAGACAGACCUCUCCCAGCCCUUCGAUGCCAGCUCUCCUCACCUCCCCUGGGACCACCCUUACUAUGACAUCGCCCGGCAUCAGAUCAUCGAAGUGGCAGGUGAUGAUAACUUUGGCAGGAAGGUGAUCGUGUUUAACGCCUGCAGGAUGCCUCCACAGCACCAGCUGGACCAUCACAAACUGCUCAUGUACCUCAAAGGAACUCUGGACCAGUACGUGGAGAGCGACUACACUCUGAUCUACUUCCAUCACGGGCUGACGAGUGAAAACAAACCGUCGCUCGGCUGGUUACGAGAAGCUUACAGAGAGUUCGACAGAAAGUACAAGAAGAACAUCAAGGCUCUGUACAUCGUCCAUCCGACUAUGUUCAUCAAGACCCUGCUCAUCCUCUUCAAACCACUCAUCAGUUUUAAGUUCGGCAGGAAGAUCAACUAUGUGAAUUUUCUGAGCGAGCUGGAGGACGUGGUGAAGUGUGAGCAGCUGCUCAUCCCAGCUCGAGUCAAAGAGUACGACAACAAACUGCGAUCGUCUCUGAAACCGACCGCCCAGCCGCCCAUGUCUCCUCCUCGCAGCCCUCCGCUCCCCAACCAGGUGUUCGGAGUGCCGCUUGCAUCGCUCAGACUGAGGAGUUCAGACGAUGACCUUAUUCCCGUGGUGAUGAGAGACACCAUCGGCUUCCUCUCAGAUCAAGGUCUGGAAAUCGAGGGGAUCUUCAGACGGUCUGCUAACGUGACUCUGGUGAAGGAGGUGCAGCUCAAAUAUAACUCAGGUGAGCAGGUGGAUUUCAGAGACAUGGAGGACGUCCACUUGGCCGCUGUGAUUCUGAAAACGUUCCUGAGAGAGCUCCCCGAACCUCUGCUCACCUACCAGCUCUACAACGACAUCGUCAACUUCGCCUCUGUUCCAGAGGACAAUCAGGCGGAUGCGAUGAAGACAAUGGUGGAGACGCUGCCGGAGGAAAACUACGCUUCACUGAGAUACCUCAUCACAUUCCUGGCUCAGGUGGCAGCCAACAGUGAGGUAAACAAAAUGACCAACAGUAACCUGGCAGUGGUGUUCGGUCCGAACCUGCUCUGGGGGCGGGACAACGCCAUGUCACUCAGCGCCAUCGGACCAAUCAACAACUUCACCAGAGCCCUGCUGGACCAACAGCAUCUGGUCUUCGCCUAAGCCCCACCUACUCCGCCCACUCCGCCCUGCAGCCUCUCUCUCUUCAAGUCAGAAACACGACAGCCUACACCUUCCUCCCUUGUCCUCCUCAGCUUCAGUCUUUAGCUCCAUCAGGGUACUCCUCUAUAAAAAACACACACACUACAGCUCUGCCACAUUCUCCACCCUCCAGAAACAACCUGCAUGUGUUUCUCCGUCUCUCCAGGGACAUUAGAGCAGUUAGACAUCCUCGGUCCGUCUCUGUGUGUCUGUGACGUGAUGUUUUCAGUCUGUCUCUCUGACGUUUUCUGUUUUUAGUGCCAAAAAAACGAGAAAAAAAAAAAAGGCCUGAAGCUUUCACAGAAGGACACAGAAGAGAUGCAGGGUGUUAAAUCAGGAUAAAUGAAAACCAAACGUCCCCCCUUAGAUCUCUAAUCCAAACUCAAGAGAGGAGACGGAGGAGAAAGUCUCAGGUGAUUCAGAGUCGGUGAACUCGGUACCAAACGAUGACAAUCUUUAAAAAUGCUGUAAUUCAAGUUUAAAACGAGCUGAAGAGUUAGAGUCUGAAUGCAGCGCUGAGAGCUGGACCAGGACCUGGUUUAGGUUUCAGACUUUAAGGGAAAAUACUCUCACAUAUCCUCCUCUUUAAACCUGACUUCAUUAUAAACAUAAAUCUGUGAUUUUUCUCGCUUUAGCUCAUUAAAGGAGCUUUUUUUAAUAUUCUGAUGGUACGGGAUCAACCGCUCACAGUGAGGUCAAACGUCCAGCAGCACAGAAACCGUUACGUCUGUGAUCGUCACAGGUAUGAAGGUAGAUCUGAGUCUUUAAUAUGCAAUGAAAACAAACAGAUUCAGAGCAGAACUGUAUUCAGUGACCGUCUUAUUGCAAGUGAAAUAUUUUCUGAUCAAAGAUGUCAUCAUGCUUUCUAAGAUUGCUUCUUUGCAAAUCAGAAAGUUCUGACUUAAAACUCUUAGUUGGGAGUUUAGAGACAAAGUUUUUCUUGCAAAAUCAAAAGUUUAAACCAAAAAAUUCAGUAAGUUUCAUCGUUUACAGUUUGAUGUUCUGAAUUGAAAUGUUAAAAUUAGAGUCAAAGGUUUUUUGCAAAUCCAAAUUCAAAAGCUUUCGGUGCAAAACUUUCUUGCAAAUCUAAAACGUUUGAUUUGAAACUCCCAGUUUUGAAUUUAAAGUGAAAGAUUUUUGAAUAUUAAAAUAUUUUUCAUGCAAUCAAAUAAAUUUUUCUUGCACAUCUUAGACUCUUUUGAAGUCUUUUAUGCAAAUUAAAAUGUUUAUUUGAUUUAAACUUUAACUCUUGUUGCAGAUUUGAAAGUUUUUGUCAAGUAACAGAUGUUCAGGUUUUACUCCAAACAUCACAGACUGAUAAAAACAAGAUAAAGUUUCUGGAUUCAAAGCAAACUUUAUGAUCAUUUAAAUUUUCUUGUGUUAAAACAUAUUUCACUUCUAAUAACAGAAGCAUAAAAACACAGUUUAGAUAUCUGACCUGCUGUCAGACUGUUUGUCUCUUUGCAUACGAAAGACACAAAGGUCUCCACGCUCAGCUGCUCGCCUUCACGUUCCCUUUUCAUUUAUCCAGCUCACUUGUACUUAAGUUAAUAUUUCUAUGAUAGCACAAGUCAAAUAUCAACUUAUUCUGAAUCUUUUAUAAACACUUCUUCAACUCUUGUGUUUGCAGUUCGGUUCAGAGUUACUGUAAUCUCUUUCUGUUCUUCUUCCGUUCUGAAAGUUAUGUUCUAAGUUUUGUACAUAGUCUCUUUACAACCUUAUCACCAAAAUCAGCCUGAGUCUGACAUCCUGUUUUAAUCCUGAGCUCAGAAUAACCUUUAGAUUACAAAAGAGAGAGUUUAUUUAUGCAUUUUUAUUAAAGCUGUGCCACUGAAGGAGUCGAUCCAAGUGCUCUGUAGGAUCUCUGAUUGUUACUGAAGGAAAAUCAUUAAGAAGUUGUGCUGUUAUGAAAACCAGGAGGAUCAGAUUCAGCUCUCUGAUCACGCCAAAACUUUACUCGUGACCUCCGCUUCAAUCUCAGAUUUCAGGGAGUUACUCGAAGCCAAAAGAUGUCGUCCAUUCUGAUGAGAUAGUGCCACUGAAGGAUCGCUUCAUCUUUCUGCUUUCAGUUUAUUACAUUCAGUCAGUCAGACAGCCAAUCAGGUCGCUUAAGAAAAAGAUGUGCAACCUGCAAAGCAAAAGCCACGUAGUAGAUCGUGAGUAAAUGUCAACAGGACGGUGCAAUCUCAAGAAAUAACGUGUAUGAUUUGAAGUCUGUUCCUCAGAUCGAGCACAGCUUUAUCACAGUACAUCAGAAUGAGCAUACUGUAUCUUUAAGUUGCUUGUGUGAUCACAUCAGGUGGAAAUCACACCUCACUGAUGUUUUCACAGCUUUAGUCAAGAAGGCAACAUGGCAUCCAAAUUCAGGCUCAGUUGCCGGACCUUUAAGGCCCAUUCAGACUCUCCAACGCUGAAGAUGUGUUCCCCUUCCUCGUUUUAAAUCAUCCAACCCUUGCAGACUUCCACACCUGAACAUUAAAGCACUUCUGAUGAGUUUAAACAUUUUGAAAAGGUAGAUAUCUGUGGUACAGCUGAGCAGCACUACAUAUCAGACCCUUCUUCUUAUUUCAACGCCUCGCAGUAUUCCAGCUGUUUGACUUUUGAAGCUUUAUUUUGCUCCCAAAGCCUUAACGUCCACACGUUUCUGUUUCUGACAUCAGAUUAUUAUUGAAAAUGAAGCUCUCUGUGAACCUCUCUCUCUCCCGACUCUCUUAAAGGAACACUAUCAGUGUAUGGAUCUAAGUGUUGUGACGUUCUUCUUCUUCUUCUUCGUAUGACGUGACUGAAAAGACCCAAACGUUCAGAGUUUAGUUCAGACUGAAGCUGAAAGCAAAAAAAAAAGAAAAAAGAAAGGUUAAAGUGUUGUGACUCUCGGUCAUGCUUCAGUGUACAUAUGAGUGUGUGUCGGUGUGUGUUUGUGCUCACUCAGCUGCACCCAGCACACGCUGGGGUUUAAUAUGAACUUAAAGAUAGGGCUCCUGUCAGUUGAGACGUGUGUUCGUGUGUGUGUGUGUUACAGUGUUGUUGUCUGAUAGGCCUCUGAAUAUUAUUUGACACUCUGAUGAAAAAUAAAUCUUUAAGUUGCCAAAAACAGUUUCUCAAACCUUCGCUGAAAGAGAACAAAGUUAAACAAACCCAAGUGUGUUUUUUUUUUUUUUAACUCAGAGAUAAAGGUGUUUUAUUUGACGACAGUGUGAGUGUGUGUGUGUGAGUGUGUGUGAGUAUGUGCAUGCUCGUGCCUUAUUUGUUUUCCCCAAGUGAUCAUGUGAUUAGCCAUCAAAGUGCCGGUGUGCCCGUUCUGCCAUAGAUUAAUACGACUUGAGGUGCGUUCAACAAAGCUUUGGUGUUCACAUGUUGCUCAAAUCGGCUUUUCAGCUUUGUUUUCUGUUCUUCUUUUGUCGUUCCAAACUGAUAGUGGUCUCACUUUGUUCCAUCACGGAUUACAUUCCAGACGUUACAGCCUGUUUCAAAGCUGCAGGAGGAAGAGAUCUACCAGAAUAAAUCCCUUCACUCGGACGACAGUGACGAUGAACAGAAAACAAACUCCUAAACUCGGCUUGUUGAACGUAGCUCAGCUGUAAUAACCGAUCACAGGUUUGAGAAAUGUUACCCUCUAUAAUCUUAAAUUCUUCCACUGAAGCAGAUUUUCAAAUGAAGGUUUUAUUCUGAACUUUUUGAUCUCAGGAUUCUCAAAAACUCAUUAGCAUCGUCCAAAUCCUCUCUCUUUAAUAUUUAUGUUUGUUUUUAUACUCUUAAGUUGUCAUAUCCAGUAUUUUAUCAUCCACCAAAUACUAAUUAAUGACUCACAAAAGCAUCAUUUCACUUCCUCCUUCAGCUUCUUCAGACGUCACAUGACCAAACCCUCCUCCUCCCGCUUCAUGCUUCUUCUUUACGUUCUCUCUGAUUUUACCAAGUAUGAUCCGUCUUUAUGAACUCCUCUGAGGUGGUUUCUCCUGAACUCUGCUGAUCGAUUACAGCCCGGUCUAAUCUAUGGAUCUCUGUACUGUAACUGCUGUUUUAUUGAAACUUAGUGACUUUAUUUUCUUAACUCUUUAUUUUUCAUCCUUUACUUUUGAUAUGUUGUGGAUCUUAGUCUGAUAUGUGUAUGAUAUAAUGGUAAUAUAAAUAUGCUGUAAUAUCAGUGUGUGAAAACAAUAAACAAUAAACAAACGUUGAAUGAAA